CGGCGGUGAGGUCUCGAAAAAAGCCAAGAAAAAGACAACCAAAAAGAGAGCGAUGAGCGAAGCUCUGAAGGCGGACUACGAGAUCGGAGCGGAGAUCGGACGUGGGCGGUUCGGUGCCGUGUUCCACUGCUACUCGGUCACCUCCGGCGAGCCCUUCGCCGUCAAGACCAUCGACAAGACCCUCCUCACCGACUCCACUGACCGUCAGCUCGUCGAUCGUGAGGCCAAGAUCACUCUUCUCGCCGCUGCUGGAAACCCCCAUGUUGUUCAGAUCUAUGCUGUAUAUGAGGAUGACUCAUCGAUCCAUCUCGUUCUUGAUCUUCUCCCUGGUCCCGAUCUCUUCGAACGGAUCUCCGCCGUGGGAAGCCCGAUGCCUGAACCAGAGGCGGCUGCGAUCAUCGCUCAGUUGAUGGAAGCCCUACAUGCUUGCCAUCAGCGCGGGGUCGCUCACCGGGAUGUCAAGCCGGACAACGUGAUGUUCGACUCGCGGGGGAGACUACGCCUGGUGGAUUUCGGCUCCGCCGAGUGCUUUGGUGAGGGGAGGCCGAUGAGAGGCGUUGUCGGCACGCCGUACUACGUUGCGCCGGAGGUGGUGGCUGGGAGGGAGUACGGGGAGAAGGUCGAUGUCUGGAGUGCCGGAGUGAUCCUCUACAUGAUGCUGGGCGGGAUCCCACCGUUCUACGGCGAGACGGCAGUGGAUAUCUUUGAGGCGGUGCUAAGAGGUAAUCUCCGGUUCCCAACCCGGAUAUUCUCAUCGGUCUCGCCGGCGGCGAAGGAUCUCAUGCGCCGGAUGAUCUGCCGGGACCCUUCUCGCCGCUUCUCCGCUGAUCAAGUUCUUCGGCAUUCUUGGAUCGUUGGCGGCGGAGGCGCGCUUCAUCUCACCUGAGCGGUGACCGGAUCCAGAAGUCGUAUAUAUGUACAUACAUACAUACGUAUAUAUAUAUGUAUAUACGACUACUUUAACUGUGUGCAUAUGUUGUGAGAGUAUUUUAAUUUUUGUUUUUAUUUUUGUUUUUUGGAGUUUUGUAAAAAUAGCUUUUUUUUUGUAAGCGGGGGUUUUCAUAGUAUACAUGAAAGAAGAGUAUAUUAAUAAAAGACUUUUAUUUUAUUUUA